UAUUUUUUGAAUAGGUCAACGCUUGAUGAGACCUCACGAUAAUCUCUGAAGUGUCUGUGAUCGUCGUGUCGACUCCCGCUGCGGUGAUGAACUAACGUUAGAUCUGCAGCAGUGUCUCUGGAGAAACAUGGGGGAAGCCGAGACUCUGCCAUCCGACGACAAACAAGCAGAAACCGGCAUCUGUACCGCCGACGAAUCGAUUGUGUGGAGUCAAGAAGUAGAAGUGUGUCUUUUCCACGCAAUGCUGGGUCAUAAACCCGUAGGAGUGAAUCGUCAUUUCCACAUGAUCUGUAUUCGCGAUAAGUUCAGUCAGAACAUCGGCAGGCAGGUGUCCUCUAAAGUCAUCUGGGAUCACCUGAGCACCAUGUACGACAUGCAGGCGCUGCAUGAAUCAGAAAUACUCCCGUUUCCAAACUCGGAGAAGAGCUUUGUGCUGCCUGAAGAGAUCAUACAGGAAGUCAAGGAAGGUAAAGUGGGAUCUGAAGACGAAGUGAAGGAGGAGUUCAAAGAAGAGAGUGACCCACCUGCGACCCAUGAAGAAGGUCUGGGUCCCAGUAUGGCUGGCCAGGAUUUUGCGAGGUAUGGACAGAAGAAAACGUUUCGCUCUGUUCCAAAGCUCCAGCUUGAGCUCAGUACAGACCAGCUCAUUACCAGAGGCCUCUGUAGACAGCCUUCAGAGACCUCUGACCAUGUGCGUCUUUCGCUCCGUCUUUCUCUCGCUGUCCUUCUUUCUCUUUUGUCUUUUUUUAUGUGUUCUGUGCACCCUAGCUUAUGUUAUUAUUCUCUGUGUGUAUGAAGCAUGGCAUGUUGGGGGUUUGCUUGGACAGGUUUGUUGAGCAGCAGCAGCUUUAUAUGCUUUUGAGAUUCCUUGCACGUUCACCAGUUUUUCAGAAAUUUACAGUAACAAGGUUUAAGACAUAAUACACACUGGUUCACCCUUUAAUUUAAAAAUUGUUAGUUGUUAAAGCAGACAGUAAAAUUUGGUAAUUCAAAUCUCAGACAUAUAAUUAUAGGGUUUAACACCGUCAGAGAUACAAGUUCUGUUCCAAAACCUUGUGUUUUGCCCCAUGCUUAUUGCCUACAUAGGUAGCAUAUCAACUUUAUAAAUCACUGAUUUUGAGUGUGUGUUCAGCCAAGUCAGAAUUAUCAUAUAAUUAGAUUCUAGUUAUUUGUUUUAUGUCAAAAGUUUAUUUUCUUAAAGAGAUAAUUUUUAGUUAACAGGUCAGCACAUUCUUGGAGCUUUACUUUCAGAUUCUUAAGAAAAAAUACUUGAAUUCUUAAGAAGGCAAAUUGUGCUGUCAUGUCAAAACUAUAGGGAUGUAAAGAUUCACUUCACUCACAAUGCGGUACAAUUCACAAUGCUGAUUUGACAAUUUAAUUUUCUCACAUUUUUUAACAAAAUAGGAUUAAAAGGGAUAGUUCACCCAAAAAUGAAAAUUUAUAAUAAUUUACUCAUCCUCAUGUGGUUCCAGACCUGUAUAAGUUUCUUUCUUAUGUUAAACAC